GCACUAUUUCCCCAUAAAAUUUGGAGUUUGUCAUUCCAGAAGCUUUGCUUCAUUUACAUUUAGCAGUUAGCUUUUGUUGUCAUUUGUUAUCAUUAAGAUUUAUUCAUUCAUCUAAUUAUUUUACUUAGCAAGCCCAAAUUCUCAUUUUUGUUCACUGAAAUUGUAUCAAAAAGUUCCCGAGUGCUAAUAUAGUUGAUAUUCCAAAGGGCAACACAACUGACUGUUCAGGCCUGAGCAGAUUAGAUUAACAUGGCAACACAUAGAGCCAGACAUCUGAUUGGACCCCCCCAAAAAAACAAAAAUCUGAUAUCCACGUACUUGCAGCAGCAUAGCUAAUGCAAAUGCUACAAGAAAAAGGAGGAGGAGGAGAAGGACGACAACAACUCCUCUUGUUGGCUUGCACGCUGCCGAAAAAGCCUGAGGCACCUCAGCAGCUUCGGGCUUGAAGCCAGCCUACCAUCUGCUUGAUGCUCACGUCAGCCCGCACCAAAACACAAAGCGGACUCAUCAACACAACACGACGCGAUACAAUUCGACGUAACAUGAUAUACAAUAUGAUACGACGCAACCCAACAACGAUACACCGACGCUUCACGACACAAUGCAAAAGUACACAAAGCAAUGCGACGCAACAUAACACAGCAUGAUCAUCGCAUGAACACAACAAUUGAAUCUCACUUGCAGUUCAAAUUUGCGAGCAAAAUAAAAAUGAACAUAAAAUAUCUUUUUCCGACCUGCGUGCGAUGGAUGAUGGGUGACGGAUUGUUCUUGAUUAAUGAGUGUCAAGGUGAAAGCCGCUUUUUCCUGGCCAGCUGAUAACGAACCGGUUGGCCGUCUGCCAUCACAACUGACUUUGGACGGCCGCCUGCUGAAUCCCAGUCUGCCUUUGAUUUUUGCCCUUUGUUUCCCGGCCAGCUGCUGCCACUAAUCCCCACCGGGAACAUCUUCCAUCCUUCUCAGAUUGUCAGCUGUUAGCCUGAUCCAAGGAAACAAGUGGAGUGACACCCCCCCACUGCGGGAUAAUCAGUGGAAAUGUUGUCUUAUGCUUUUGAAAUCUCACUGGAUUUCAAUCACAGCUUCACGAUGUGUCUCCUUUAUCCUGUGGGCUCUCCUGCAGACCAUUUGUGUUCACAUCACAUCACCUCAUUUUUUCCCACCCAAUUAUUUUAGAUUGUUCAGACCACAAGUAAGUGACUUUAUUGCGAAUGUAAUGAAACUUCCCAAGGGGUGAAUUUUGUCUGCAUUCUCUUUUCCAAAUUCAACUCUUUGAAGCCCCUGUCAAGUGAAAAUGAACGUGCCAUGUUAAUCUGACACAUCGCAGGGUUUUUAAAAUCUUGGCCUCUACAACAAGGCGAUCUAAAGGCUUUAGCUUGAAGCCCCAGCCCAUACGCCGGCUGUCAAGUCCGAUUUUUUUCGCCCUAAAUUUCCCCUCUCCUUGCUCUUCCGCCCACUCUCCACAUGAUGCAUGCACACGAGAUGCACUAAAGCAACUAUGUCGAGAUAGUAAGAGCGAUAAUCGUGGAGGGGGUGCUCAUGCUGUUCUCCAAAAUGCAACACUAGGCCUUGAUUUUAAUUUUCAUGCAAAUAUUCACUGUCAUUAUGACUUUGGCAAGUGAUAAACGAUGUUCUCAUUUGAGAUGAAUGAAUGACACAUUGUGGUUGCCACGAGAGAACUAACAUGGACGGUCCCAACAACAAAACUAUCAAGCAAGAAUGUGACAUUCUACUUCAAAAAUGUUCGUGAUACUCAUGGUGACAUUUUUGGAGCAUCCUAAAAUUCACAAAAAGUUAGACAUUCAUUUGACCUUCUGUAAAGUUCAUCUGGAAAUUGCACCCCAAAGAGGCCAAAUCCCAAACUUUUGGUGUAUUUUCUGUUAAAUAGAAAUAACAACUCUGAUCCACCCUCAUCCAGGAGGAGCAGCAUGUUCCGGAGACUAAAGCUGGCACACAAUAGAGGACACCACAGCCACCCCACCAAGGACGACAUCAAAGUAUAAAAGUCCCCGUCUCCCUGUGAGGCGAAAACCUUCUCUAUCAGGUCUACGAACGGAGACUCUCUGUGGGCGACAAUGAGCAGCGACGGUGAGAUGGCAAUCUUCGGGCCAGCCUCCCAGUACCUCCGAAAAUCGGAACGGGAAAGGACGGAGGCGCAGGCCCGGCCUUUUGACAGCAAAACGGCCUGUUUUGUCAGUGAGGACAAGGAGGUGUACGUAAAAGCCACCAUCCAGGACAAGGCGGAUGGAAAAGUGAACGUCAAGACGGAAGACGGCAGGACAUUGACCGUGCAGGAGGAUCAAGUAUUCCCCAUGAAUCCUCCCAAGUUCGACAAGAUCGAGGACAUGGUCAUGAUGACGCACCUCCACGAGCCGGCCGUGCUCUUCAACUUGAAGGAGCGCUACGCCACCUGGAUGAUCUACACGUACUCUGGUCUUUUCUGUGUGACCGUCAACCCUUACAAAUGGCUGCCAGUCUACAACCCCGAAGUGGUCCAGGCCUACCGAGGAAAGAAAAGGAUGGAAGUUCCGCCUCACAUCUUCGCCUUAUCCGAUAAUGCCUAUCAGUUCAUGCUGACAGAUCGUGAAAACCAGUCUAUCCUCAUCACCGGCGAAUCUGGCGCAGGAAAGACGGUCAACACCAAGCGAGUCAUUCAGUACUUUGCCACAAUCGCUGUGUCUGCGGACAAGAAGAAGGAGACCAACAGCAAAAUGAAGGGAACCCUGGAGGACCAGAUCAUCCAGGCCAACCCUCUGCUGGAAGCCUUUGGCAACGCCAAAACUGUGAGGAACGACAACUCUUCUCGCUUUGGUAAAUUCAUCCGAAUACACUUUGGCGCAACGGGCAAACUGGCAUCGGCAGAUAUCGAAACAUAUCUGUUGGAGAAGUCCAGAGUGUCCUUCCAGCUGGGGGCCGAGAGGAGCUAUCACAUCUUCUAUCAGCUGACCUGCAACAAGAAGCCCGAACUCAUCGACCUGCUUCUCAUCACCACCAACCCUUAUGACUUUGCCUUCAUCAGCCACGGCGAGAUAAGCGUGAAAAGCAUCGAUGACGCUGAGGAGUUGAUGGCCACGGACGAGGCCUUUGACAUUCUGGGUUUCACCCUGGAUGAAAAAAUGUCCAUCUACAAGCUGACAGGAGCUGUGAUGCAUUACGGGAACAUGAAGUUCAAGCAGAAACAGCGAGAAGAACAGGCAGAACCAGAGGGCACUGAAGAGGCUGACAAGGCGGCAUAUCUAAUGGGUCUGAACUCUGCCGACCUUCUGAAGAACCUCUGUUACCCACGCGUGAAGGUGGGCAACGAGUAUGUCACCAAGGGACAAAAUGUGCAGCAGGUCUACAACUCCAUUGGCGCAUUGGCUAAAUCUGUUUACGAGAAGAUGUUCCUGUGGAUGGUGCAGCGUAUCAACCAGCAGCUGGACACCAAGCAGCCCAGGCAACACUUUAUCGGCGUUCUCGACAUUGCUGGAUUUGAAAUCUUUGACUUCAACAGCAUGGAACAGCUCUGCAUCAACUUCACCAAUGAGAAACUGCAGCAGUUUUUCAACCACCACAUGUUUGUGCUGGAGCAAGAAGAGUACAAGAAGGAAGGCAUCGACUGGGAGUUCAUCGACUUUGGCAUGGACCUGGCAGCCUGCAUUGAGCUCAUUGAGAAGCCAAUGGGUAUCUUCUCCAUUUUGGAGGAGGAGUGCAUGUUCCCAAAGUCAAGCGACAUAACCUUCAAGAACAAACUUUACGACCAACACCUGGGCAAGAACAGCUGCUUCCUGAAGCCCAAAGUGGUCAAGGGCAAGCCAGAAGCUCACUUUUCACUGAUGCACUACGCCGGCAUGGUGGACUACAACAUCAGCGGCUGGCUGGAGAAGAACAAGGACCCGCUGAACGAAUCCGUAGUGCAGCUGUACCAGAAGUCGUCGGUCAAGAUCCUAGCAAUGCUUUAUGUUACAUAUUCUGGAACAGAUGAUGCACCAUCUGGUGGAGGCAAGAAAGUGUCCAAGAAGAAGGGAGCAUCUUUCCAAACAGUGUCAGCGUUGUUCAGGGAGAAUCUCGGGAAACUCAUGACGAACCUAAGGACCACUCAUCCUCACUUUGUGAGAUGCCUCAUUCCGAAUGAGACGAAAACUCCAGGCAUUAUGGAGAACCACUUGGUCCUCCACCAGCUACGCUGCAACGGUGUGCUGGAAGGCAUCCGCAUCUGUCGGAAAGGAUUUCCGAGCAGGAUUCUAUAUGGAGACUUCAGACAAAGAUACAGGAUCCUAAAUGCUAGUGCUGUUCCAGAAGGACAAUUCAUAGAUAACAAGAAAGCAGCGGAGAAACUUCUGGGCUCCAUUGACGUGGACCACACACAGUACAAGUUUGGUCACACAAAGGUGUUCUUUAAAGCUGGCCUCCUGGGAGCUCUGGAGGAAAUGAGGGAUGAGCGGUUAGCUCAGGUUGUGAUGUCCACACAGGCAAUGUGUCGUGGAUUUCUCAUCCGACUGGAGUAUCAAGAGAUGAUGGCCAGGAAGGAGGCCAUUUACACCAUCCAGUACAAUUUCCGUUCCUUCAUGAAUGUCAAACACUGGCCGUGGAUGAAGCUGUACUUUAAACUCAAGCCACUGCUCAAGAGCGCAGAGGCCGAGAAGGAAAUGGCCCAAAUGAAAGUGGACUUCACAAAGCUCAAAGAAGAUUUGGCCAAGUCAGAAAACCGACGGCGGGAGAUCGAAGAAAAGAUGGUCUCUGUUGUACAAGAACGUAACGAUCUUCUCCUCCAAGUCCAGGCGGAGUCAGACAACCUGCUGGAUGCUGAGGAACGCUGUGAGGGACUCAUCAAGAGCAAGAUCCAACUGGAGGCCAAGCUGAAUGAAGUGAUGGAAAGACUGGAGGACGAGGAGGAGCUGAACGCAGAGCUAACGGCAAAGAAACGAAAGCUUGAAGAGGAGAGUUCCGAGCUGAAGAGGGACAUUGAUGACCUAGAACUGACCUUAGCCAAAUUGGAGAAGGAGAAACACGCCGUGGAAAACAAGGUGAAAAACAUGACAGAGGAGAUCAUGAGUCAGGAUGACACCAUUACAAAACUGGCCAAGGAGAAUAAAGCCCUGCAAGAAGCCCAUCAGCAAACACUGGAUGACCUGCAGGCCGAGGAGGAGAAGGUCAACAUCCUCAGCAAGACCAAAGCAAAGUUAGAGCAGCAGGUUGAUGAGUUGGAAGGCGCGCUGGAACAGGAGAAGAAGAUCCGGGUGGACCAGGAAAGAGCCAAGAGGAGGUUGGAGGGUGACCUCAAACUCUCCCAGGAAUCGAUCAUGGAUCUGGAAAAUGAAAAACAGCAGCUGGAUGAGAAGCUGAGAAAGAAAGACUUUGAGGUGUCGCAGCUUCAGACAAAGGCGGAGAAUGAACAAGCUCUUGGGUCACAGCUGCAGAAAAAAAUCAAAGAGAUCCAGGCCCGAUGUGAAGAGCUGGAGGAGGAAAUGGAGGCUGAGCGUGCUGCUCGAGCCAAAGUGGAGAGGCAGAGGUCGGACAUGUCCCGGGAGCUGGAGGACAUCACUGAGAGACUGGAGGAGGCAGGAGCGUCCAUCACCACUCAUGUGGAGGCUAACAAGAAACAAGAGGUUGAGUUCCUUAAACUGCGUAGAGAACUGGAGGAGCGGUCAAUGCAGCACGAGGCCACGUCUGCCGCCCUGCGCAAGAAGCACGCAGACAGCGUAGCCGAGUUGGGGGAGCAGCUGGACAACAUCCAGAGAGUCCGACAGAAACUGGAGAAAGAGAAGAGUGAGCUGAAACUAGAGAUGGAUGACCUGUCCAGUAAUCUGGAGAGUGUGGCAAAAGCCAAGAUUAAUCUGGAGAAAAUGUGCCGCUCGCUUGAAGAUCAACUCAGCGAGGUCAAAGCUAAAGAGGAGGAGCAGCAGAGGCUGCUAAAUGACGUGUCCAGCCAAAACACUCGACUGCAGACAGAAAAUGUUGAAAUGUCCCGCCAGCUGGAGGAGAAAGCCGUGCUCUUGUCUCAUCUCACUCGGGGUAAGCAAGGAUUCCUCCAGCAGGUUGAUGAGCUAAAGAGACUCAACGAAGAGGAGGUCAAGGCCAAGAACGCCCUGGCCCACGCGUUGCAGUCCGCGCAACAUGACUGUGAGCUUCUGAGAGAGCAGUAUGAGGAGGAGCAGGAAGCCAAGGCCGAGCUCCAUCGUUGUCUCUCCAAGGCCAACAGUGACGUGGCCCAGUGGAGAAACAAAUACGAGACAGAUGCUAUCCAGCGGAAUGAGGAGCUGGAAGAAGCCAAGAAAAAGCUGGCGCUGCGUCUGCAGGAAGCAGAGGAAGCAGUGGAGACCGUCAACUCCAAGUGUUCAUCUCUGGAGAAGACAAAGCAGCGACUGCAUGGAGAAGUGGAGGACCUGAUGAUGGACAUGGAGAGGUCCAACGCCGCCGCCGCCAUCGUGGACAAGAAGCAGAGGAAUUUUGAUAAGGUUCUUGCUGAGUGGAAGCAGAAGUAUGAGGAGGGUCAGACGGAACUGGAGUCAGCGCUCAAAGAAGUGCGCUCUUUGGGCACCGACAACUUCAAGAUGAAAAAUGCUUUUGAAGAAUGUCUGGAACAGCUGGAGACUUUCAAGCGGGAAAAUAAGAACCUUCAACAGGAGAUAGUGGAUCUCACUGAGCAGCUGGGAGAAAUGGGGAAAAACAUCCAUGACCUGGAAAAAUGCAGAAAACAGGCUGAACAGGAAAAGUUGGAAGCGCAGACAUCCCUGGAGGAAGCUGAGGCCUCCUUGGAACAUGAGGAAUCCAAGAUUCUGCGAGUCCAGCUGGAACUCAACCAGGUGAAGAGUGAAGUGGACAAGAAGAUCGCGGAGAAGGACGAAGAGCUGGAUCAGAUGAAGAGAACCAGCCAACGGAUCAUCGACACCAUUCAAACCAACUUGGAUGCCGAAGUCAGGAGUCGAAAUGACGCGCUGAGAGUGAAGAAGAAAAUGGAGGGAGACCUCAACGAGAUGGAGAUCCAGCUGAGCCAUGCCAACAGGCAGGCAGCCGAAGCUCAGAAACAGCUGAGGAACGUGCAAGUUCAGCUCAAGGAUGUCCAGAUUCAGAUGGACGAUGUCCUGAGAAGUAAUGAGGACAUUAAGGAGCAGUUAGCUAUGGCGGAACGCAGGAGCAACCUGGUGCAGGCCGAAAUGGAGGAAGUCCGAGCUGCCCUGGAACAAACGGAGAAGAGCCGCAAAUUGGCUGAGCAGGAGCUGCUUGACGCCGGCGAGAGAGUUCAGCUGCUCCACUCUCAGAACACCAGUCUGCUCAAUAUUCGCAAAAAGUUGGAGGUUGACCUGUCUCAGAUUCAAGGAGAGAUGGACGAUAUCGCCCAAACAGCCCGGAAUGCAGAGGACAAAGCUAAGAAGGCCAUCACCGAUUCCGCCAUGAUGGCUGAGGAGCUGAAGAAAGAGCAAGACACGAGCGCUCACCUGGAGAGGAUGAAAAAGAACGUGGAAACUACCGUCAAGGACCUGCAGCAGCGUCUGGAUGAGGCCGAGAGUCUCGCCAUGAAAGGCGGGAAGAAGCAGCUCCAGAAACUUGAAGCCAGGGUGCGAGAGCUGGAAAAUGAGUUGGAGGCGGAGCAAAGACACGGUUCCGAGACUGUGAAAGGGGCACGAAAGCUGGAACGCAAGAUGAAGGAACUCACUUAUCAGUCAGAGGAGGAAAAGAAGACGGCCAUGAGGCUGCAGGAGCUGGUGGGCAAACUCCAGCUGAAGGUCAAAGUGUACAAGAGGCAGGCUGAAGAGGCGGAGGAGCAAGCCAACGCCUACAUGACCAAACUGAGAAAGGUGCAGCAUGAGUUGGAGGAGGCCGAGGCGAGAGCUGACAUCGCAGAAUCUCAGCUCAACAAGAUGAAAGUCAAGAGUCGGGAUAUGACCAAGAGCAAAGACGGCAGGGAGUAGUCAUCGCUGGCGACCACCUUGAAGACGUGUGCUGUGAACUACUGUAAAAGCCUGCGACAUACUCUGAAAAUAAUAUUUAGAUACACGUUUGAAGUCAGUGUGUAUACAAAGUCCUUCUACAUUAAAUCAGUUAAAAUUGAGACUGCGUCAAAAACACAAACAACCAAUAUUGGGAAAUAUUUUUUGUUUCCAAAAAGUCCAAAGUCUUUAUAAUCAGAACACCAAUUAAACAUAUUGCUGGCGCUGAUUGGAAGACUAGUACCUUCAAAAUCAUCACUUUUUAGGUUUAAAAAAAACAGACAUGAACAUUGCAUUGGCUAUUUAUCACAAUUUAAACCGGUGAUACAUUUCUAAAAAUAACAUUGUAUAGAUUUGUGAAAAAAACAACAACAAAAAAACAAAUUGAGACAUUUUGAGCCGCCACCAGGAAUAACUAGUUUGUGUACCCUGAAAUACCAAAUAAAUUGUUCAUUUUUGGAAAAUUUCAAGUCUUAUAUACAUUGACUUGUCAAAACUUGACUAAUCAAAUUAAAUUAUCUGAAAUACAAUAUUUAUCCAUUGUCAACAACUAAAACAGUUGCUGGGAUGUCAGAUUUAUGUGAUGAUACCAGGUGCUUAUCUUGCUACUAUUUUGGAGGCUAUGAUAGAAAGGUCCCAAUUACACAGUGGCUUGAAACACAAUGCUUAUAUUCAGUAGUGGAUGUAUGUUGCCCUAAUUGCAAUAAAGCCUGUGAAAAAUA